UAUUUAUUUCAAAUAGGCAGUGCAUUAUUUCGAAGCCAGUCGCCAUAUACCACAGUUGUUAGUGAGUGUAAUUAAAAAAAAAAUGUUAUUUUUAUUUUCCGUGUUUUUAUUAUUAUUUUGCAGUCCCGUAUAUCCCCUAGCCCCCCACAAGCCACAAGCAGACACAUUCCUAGACUCGUUGGCACACAAACUGAAACUCGAGACGUGGGAGCGAGACGAGGUGCCGUGUUUGGAAAGUGUUUUAAAUGUUUUGGAAAACGUGAAGAAUCAUACUUUGUGGGCGACAUGGAUUUGGAACGCGAAUUCAUUGCCAUCUGGUAAUUACUACGGAUCCUUUAAACAUCACGCGAGCUAUGACCAGUGUCUGAAGCCACCAUGGCUGCACACCCAUCCACAACUGAAGACCAAGUACUGCUUCGCGGACUUCCUACUUUCUGAUGACAAUCAGCAUGUUAAAAGAUUAGCUGAUCAUGACCCUUAUGGGUCUACCUCGGAGUAUAUUAACUCAGUGACACCAUCAGGUAUGCCCGUCAACCACAUCAUGUGGGGUGUCUGUAUACCAGCAUCCUGCACAUCUCCAGCAGUGUCCAAGCUGAGCAGGGUGGUGUACGAGGCAGCCACCUUCAGCAGCAUAGCGUCUGACGUCACGGUGAAACACUGCCAGGAGGCCGGGGAGAGCCCGCCCUACUCCACCGGGUUUUAUAUCUUCAUAGCAUUGAUAGUGUCACUGGUGGUAACCGCUGCAGCUUCUACUUACUAUCGAAUGCAUGUGUCAUCUGAAGAGGAGUCUUCGAACAGUUUAAUGACAAUCAUAACAAAAUCCUUUAACAUCUUCAAGAAUCAAGAAGAUUUAGUGAAAGUCAAUAAGGAUGAGAUUCGCGUGAUGAAUGGCAUGAGAUUCCUAACUGCAGCCAUUAUUGUAGAAAUACAUGUGGUGUUCUACAUGUCCAUAUCUGGUAUAGGCAAUUUAAUGGACAUUGAUGCGUUUUUGGAAAGCGUUGGUGGGUUACUACUGCAUUUUGAUCUCUUCGUUGACACGUUCUUCACCAUGUCUGGUCUACUCCAUAUCAAAGGACUGAUGGGGAAACGGCAGAAUCUACUCAAUGUGCUCUGGAAACGGUACAUAAGAUUAAUAGGACCAUUCGCGCUGAUCGUGUUAUACUUAAUAUCCGUCUCCAAGCACCUGAACCCUGGUCCAGCCUUAUUAGGAUUGGAGGAGACAGAAGUAUGUGAACAGUACUGGCUGAAGAGUUUGCUCCUAAUGAACUCAGAUGUGCGACACAUUUGUCAUGAUGUGACUUGGUAUCUGGCCUGUGAUUAUCAGCUAGCAAUCCUGGGCACUCUUCUCUUUUACUUCUAUCAGAAGAACAGGGGUUUUGGAUUCGUCACUUAUGCUAUUGUUGCAGUCUUCUCGAUGAUCAUUCCUGGGGUGUUGACGUAUCUGUUCAACUUACCUGGUGUUCUAUUUACGGAUUAUGGCAAGUAUGUGAUCCACUACCGCGAGGCUUGGCAGCACAGCUUACUGUACACACCGUCCUACAGCCGCGCCAGUCCGUACAUUGUGGGCGUUGCCAUGGGAUACAUCAUGUCUAUCUACAAACCUGCUGAUUAUAGGAAGUCUAUUUCUAAAAAAUGGUCCAUAGUUGGUGUGGCAGUGAGUUUCAUCGCAUUUCUAGUGACGUUGGCCCUCGGUUACAUACUAAGACUUCGAGAGCACGAUCCCAUAGACGCUGUGGUCGUCGCAGCCACCAGCAGGAUCUUCUGGGCUGCUGCCAUCUGCUGCAUUAUAGGAAUGUGUGAAUAUGGAACUGUUCCUAUAGUCUCCCAUAUCCUGGGCUGGUCGGUGUUCACGCCUCUCAGUCGACUUUCCUACGGCAUUUACAUGAUCCAUCCGCUGAUCAUACAGAGGCACAAGCUUGUACAAAGAUCGGCUCAUCUCUUCGACUCGUUUUGCUUGAUUUACGACGCUGUAGGAACCGUGGGGUUAUCAAUAGGGCUCGGUUACGCGAUGUGGCUGUUUGUGGAGGCGCCGCUGAUCAACAUCACCAACCAGCUCUUGUUCAACAAAUCGAAGGACACUCAACCAGAUAAAAGUCGUGGUGAGAAUGGAAUCCAACAUCAGAAUGGAGUUGCGAAGACCAAAGUUUUGUUAAAUGGAACAGAAUCAGAUAAAAAUCGCGGUGAGAAUGGAAUCAAACACCAGAAUGGAAAUGCUAAAACCAAAGUUUCAUAACAUUAAGUUUUUUUAUAAGUACCUAAGUUAAUAAUAAAAUUGUAAUUAGUAUUGUAAAGCUGUUAAUAGAUACACCUAGUAGAAAAUAAUUAUAUUUAAUAGAUAAAUGUAAAUAAUUAAAAAUAUAUUUUGGGAU